UCCCCUUCCAAGGGCGGGAGUGGCGGGCGAAGAGCAGCGGUUGCUGUAAUUUAUCGCCCCUGAGGGGAAGAGCCCCUGACUCCUAGCAAAGUUUAUUUGGAAAUGCAGCGGGACUCCCCCUCCCUCCCUGCUCCCCACGGCUCCCAGACCGCGGGAUGAAGACGCGGGAGGCAUUUCGUGGGACACUUGUUCCCGGCUGCAGCGCAGCGCAAACCCCAGGCUCUGGAAGGUCUCCCAGCGCUGCCGAGCAGGAAACACACCGUGCCAGGUUUUUUUCCCUCCUCUAAUGAGAAGAAGGGUAAAGAUCCCCGGAUAUGCACAAGGUGUUUAUCCCAACAACCCCCGCCCCCAGGGAGGCAUAAGCCAUUCAGCCCACGUCCCUCUCGCCCACUCGGGGUGGAGGGCAGAAGGGAUGGCGGGCGCCCAGCAGCCCUCCCCCGGGGGCGCGGGGUCAGUGUAGCCCCCGGGGACCGCGGUGAGGGCCCCGCGGGGGUUCCCCUGGGCUUCGGUGCCUCCCCCAGGCCCCAUCAUUCCCGUACCCCGCGGGUUUCCAAACUUUCCGUGUCCGCCGCCGCCGUGAUUGGCGCGGCGGAGGCCACCUCCAUGCAAAUGAAGCCCCGCCGCCCGGCGCCCGCAGAUCAAUAGGGACGCGGGGGAAGGAGCAUGCAUUCCGCCUGGGCCGGCGCGGGGACAGCCGCCCGCCGCACGCCCCGAGCGUCCCCCGAAACCAGCCCCCCGACGGCUCCCCGCGGGCUGCCGGGGCACCCCCACCCCGCGCCCCCACUAAAGCGAGAGCUUCCCUCCUCUGCUUUCUUAUGAACCCAGGAUGAGCAGCAAAGAAGACCCGAGCAAGUGCUGUCCGGCGGCUGCUCCCAUCUCCAGUUUCACCAUCCAGUCCAUCCUGGGCAGCGGCAGCGCCGAGCCCCCCCGGGAAGGCGGCGGAAGGGCGCCCACCUGGCCCGCCCGCGCCAGGACCCUCUCCCUCUCCUCGGAGGACGAAGAGCCGGAGGAGAGCUGGAAGCACCGCGGCUGCUUCUGCCCCGAGGCUCAGGGCCCCGCCGAGGCGUGCCACAAGCACCAGCCCCUCAGCUUCACCUGUCUCGGCAGCGCCAAGGGGAGCGGAGCGGCGGCGGCGGCCAGCGCGGAGCGGGGGCCCUUCCUGUCGCCCCCGCAGCAGGACUGUAAGGACGAGAAGGAGAAGCCGCUGGGACCCUCCUCGCCCUCCUGCGGGGACCGGCAGCGCGACGGCGGGGACCGGCAGGCCGGCGCCGCCAAGAAGAAGACGCGCACGGUGUUCAGCCGCAGCCAGGUCUACCAGCUGGAGUCCACCUUCGACAUGAAGCGCUACCUGAGCAGCUCGGAGCGGGCUUGCCUGGCCUCCAGCCUGCAGCUUACCGAGACCCAGGUGAAGACUUGGUUCCAGAACCGCAGGAACAAGUGGAAACGGCAGCUCUCGGCCGAGCUGGAGGCGGCCAACAUGGCCCACGCCUCGGCGCAGACUCUGGUGGGGAUGCCGCUGGUGUUCAGGGACAAUUCCCUCCUGCGAGUGCCGGUGCCCCGGUCCAUCGCCUUCCCCGCCCCUCUCUACUACCCCGGCAGCAAUCUCUCGGCCUUACCGCUCUACAACCUCUACAACAAGAUCGACUAUUGAGCCUCUGCCCCGCCCGCCCCGUCGGAACCGGCACCAGGACCAGGAGCAGGACUGGAGCCACCGCGGGGGCUCCGUGUGGGGUCUCGGGCCGCCCCCGCGGCGGGGACACAGGAACCGAACUGAUGGGGAGGGACGGGCGAACCGAGAGCCCCCUCUUGCUAUCCUGCCACUUGAAAAGAAAAAAAAAAUAAUUAAAAAAGCGUUAUUUCAGAUCUGUAAAUAUUUUUAAAGAAAGAAAGAAAGGAAACAACAACAACAAAAAAAUUAAACCUCGUUUUAAGCCUC